UCUGGCACCCCCUGGUGGGCUGGUGAGGCUUUGUUGCCUGAUACGUCAUCAACUGUAGACGCACAACAGGAAAACCACAGCAAGAAUGCUUUUCUACUCGUUUUUCAAGUCGCUGGUGGGGAAGGACGUUGUGGUGGAGCUCAAAAACGACCUGAGCAUCUGUGGGACGCUUCACUCUGUUGACCAGUACCUGAACAUCAAGUUGACAGACAUCAGUGUCACGGAUCCAGAGAAAUAUCCACAUAUGCUGUCGGUGAAAAACUGCUUCAUCCGUGGAUCGGUGGUCCGGUACGUUCAGCUGCCGGCAGACGAAGUGGACACGCAGUUGCUUCAAGACGCUGCCCGAAAAGAAGCCAUACAGCAGAAGCAGUGAUCGGGUCGUGGGAUGGGAUCUGGCCCGGGGGGGGGGGGGGGUGUUGUGACAGGCAGAUAACUUUAUUUAAAGAUAGCAGUUUGAUUUACUUAAAAAAAUACAAAUUUAAAUGCAUUCCUGACAUUGGAGAUCAGUCAUGUGCAGAGCAUUGUUGAUUGGAAUUUUCUUGACCUCAAAAAGAGGUUUAGGAGCCUUCAUCUGAUUUGUUUAAUUUAGUUUAGUUUAGUUUAGAAGAAACUGAAAGAGGUGACAGUAUGUGUUGACUGCUCCUGUUUAAAAUGACAGAAAAAUUACCUUUUUUAUGCCAACUACUAAAAAAGUUACAUAUUUGAAUCUUUUUUUUUUAUUUUCUUUGUUAAGGAAUGAUCCUGCCUUUCACCUCAACAUGUAGGCUUUUUUCAAUGUUGGAGAAAUAAAUUUAUGUAUCAACAUCUGCUGUGACCUUGUAAGAUGUUAUUUUGUAAUUAAAUGUAUUUUUUGGAUAAAAAGAUAAACAUUC